CGCACCACUGUUUAAAAGCCUUUGGACGUCAGCGCCAUUCCUAAAGCGGUUUUUCACAAUUCAUGGUUUAAUUAUUUUUGUUUCAGGCAAAGUAUAAACAAAAAAAUCCUCCUGACUCAUUUGGACGAGGGUUUUUAUUACCCAUUACGAGAUGGAGUAUAAUGCCCCGGAGCAGGUGGAAGAGUCCACAACAAAGACAGAGACCUCAGAGACAAAAGAGGUAAAGACAGGUCCUGACUAUAAAUCGAGGGGCCGAGGAGUCAGUGGGCGAGGUAGAAUCAGCCAGAUGGGACGAGGAGGCCACGGUGGACGGGGAAUGAUGAUGAAAGGUUUUGGCCCACAAGGUCGAGGAAGGGCCAGGAAUCACGAUGGAUUCAUGAACGGAUUCAGACCAAUUAGGAGGGGAAUGGGUAGAUCACUACCAUAUAUGGAUAUGCGAGGCAGAAAACGAGGCAGAGGGGAUGCUAUGGGUAUGUGUGUAGGACCACCUAGACCUCCCCCGCCUCCACCCAUGCAUCUAAGAGGACCUCACCCACCUAUGCACAGACAUGGUCCACCUCCACCAUUUCCACCACCUCCACACGGACCUCCUCCUUUCAGAGGGUUUCCUCCGCACCCAAGAGGACGGGGCAUGAUGCCCUCCGGCUCCCAUCGCCACUUCCGACCCAGAGGGGGGUCUUAGUCACCCUUUCGGAAGACACUGGGACACGGCGGCAGGACACCACACCCUGCUCUCUCCCUCUGCCCCAGUGAUGUCCAGUGAGUCGCUUCCUGUCCCCUUCCCCAAUAACCAAGGUGAGUCGUUUUUUGUGUCCAAUAAUCUCCAUUACCCCUUAUCCUUAUCCUGAGACAGACACAUCAGUUACUUCUGAAGCAGGAUGUAUUUUUGCCUGGUGUAAACCAUCUGAUCCUUGGCUUUGUAACUUCAAGGUUAUCAACACUUAUUCAGCAGGCACUUUUUCCAAAUAAUAAUAUUAAUUAAAAAUAAAAAUCAGUGAGCCUGGAUUUGAGCCACAGAACCACUAACCAUUUAUAGCACAACAUCUUUACAUGAACUAUUUCUAUUGCCCAAAUUCAUUGAAUAUGAAACAGUCCUAUAAGGGUGGAAGUUGAUCAUAUGGCUAGUUCUGUUUGGUGGAUAAGCAUUAUAAAUGACCAAAAUACUUCUUCUUAUACAUCAAUUUUUAAUUUUAAAAUUAAAAUUUAGAUUCACAUUUACUUUAGUACAAUUUUAGCCUAAUAUUUAUACUUUCAUUCAAGUAUUAUUUCGUUAAUAAUAAUACUUAUUAUUAUUAUUUAGUGUACUAGUGUGUAAUUGGUGUGCUUAUGUAGUGAAACAUAUCUCACCACAUUUAAGGCAACUGAGCAACAACAGCAGGAGACCACACCAGGUUCCACUCCCUGCAGCCAAAAACAUGAAUCUGAGGCGACAGUGGACGCAGGAUCCCCCAAACUAGACAGCUGAAGACAGCAACCCCAAAGCAUCCCCAUCUGCCUUAAGGUUCUACAUGUUGUGAGCUCUGAGAUGCUUUUCUGAUCAUCAUGGUUGUAAAAGGUGGUUGUCUGAGUUACCAUAGACUUCCUUUCAACUCAAACCAAUCAGACCUCUCUCAUCAACAAGGUGUUUGCACCCGCAAAAACUUCAGCCCCCCACACCACACCCUUUUUUUGUAGAAACUCUAGGAAUCAUUUUGAGUGAAAAUCCCAGCAGAUCAGGGGUUUCUGAACUACUCAAACCAGCCCAUGGGCCACCAACAGCCAGCCACAAACUAGUGUUUAGUUUUAGCAGUAUCUUAGUGUACAGCGUCAAUAGCUUGUGCUCCUGAAUGUAACGGAUCACUGGUGUUUGGUUAGAUGGUUUGUGCUUCAUGUCCAGGCAGAACACAGCACUGACACUCCCACGGUCCAAGAUGGCGAGUGUAAGGUGCAAAUCAGUGGGUGACGAGAGUGAUGCAACACUGAGUCACGUCAACUGGCCUGCAAAAUCACCAGAUCUCAAGUCCAACAAAACAACCUCCAGUGAGGAAGAUCACAGUGGAACUGAGGGCAUGAAGCCUGUAUUGUCGCCACACAUACAUUACAGCACAGUGGAUUUCUUUUCUUUACAUAUCCCAGCUGAGGAAGUUGGGGUCAGAGCACAGGGGCAGUUAUGAUACAGCACCCCUGGAGCAGAGAGGGUUAAGGGACUUGCUCAAUUGCCCAACAUUGGAGCUUGAACCCUGAUCCUCUGAUCAACAACCAAGAGCCUUAAGCACUUGAACCACCACUGCCCCAUGUCUAGUGUAAAAGAUCGUGAGGAUGGAAAUUAAGCUUUUGUUUUUUUUUCAACCUCCAUAGGAAGUAAAGACAAUGCUGGGUGUUCUUGGCUAGUUAGGUGGUGUUGAGGGUCUACAUGAAUUCCACCAUGAUGUUCACGCCAAACAUCUUGGAGCUUUUUAUUUGAGUUUUUAUUUUAAGUUUCUAUUUGAGAAAACAUGGGAAUUGGGAAUGUUGUAGGAGCAUAAUAAGACAAAUGCCGAUGCUCACUGUCUUAACUUCACAUGAAUGAAACUCAAGAGGAGCCAAUUGUUUCUAAUAUAGCGUAUCAAUCUAAAAUGUCAUACUGUCAGGUACUUUCUGUUUUUGGAGACCUGUGUGAUGUUCAACAUUUCUACUCUUCUGUUCCUUAUUUGUACACAGAUCAGCCAUAAUAUUAAAAGCACUGAGAGGUGUGGUGGGAUAUAUUAGCCAACAAGUGAACAGUCAUUUCUUGAAGUUGAUGAUUUGAAAGGGGCAAGUGUAAGGAUCUCAACGACUUUGACAAGGGCAAAACUUUGAUGGUUAGAAGACAGGGUGAGAGCAUCUCCAAAACAGUAAGUCUUGUAGGGUAUUCCUAGUAUGCGUGUGGGGAUUGAUGGCUAGCCUGUCUCUUCCCAUCUCACAGAAGAGCUAGUGUAGCACAAGUUGCUGAAAAAGUUCAUGCAGGCUCUGAGAGAAAUGUGUCAGAACACAGCUUGCUGCGUAUGGAACUGUGAAGCAGCAGAACGGUCAAAGUGACCGCGCUGACCCCUCUACACCAGUGAAGACACCUACAAUGGACACAUGAGCAUAAGAACUGGACCAGUGGAAGAGGGUGGUCUGGAAUGAUGAAUCAUGAUUUCUUUUACAUCAUAUGGACGGCUGGUGCGUGUGUGUCACUUACCUGGGGAAGAUGCGAAGUCAGUGGAGGCAGUGUGAUGCUCUGGGCAGUGUUCAGCUGGGAAUGCUUGGGAAUCCUGGCAUUCAUGUGGAUGUUACUGUGACAAGUACCACCCACAGACAUUGUUGCAGAUCUUGUGGUGUCUAUGCCUUGGCGAGUCUUAGAGCAGUUUUAGUGGUACCUACACAAUAUUAUGCAGGUGGUUUUAAUGUUGUGGCUGAUCUGUGGGUUUAGUUUUUUUUUUUUGCUUGCCAAAUCUAUCACUGUUUGGUAAAGGAAAAUAUACAUCACAUAUCACAGUUAGCUGGCUAGCUUGUUGUUAGCAAAAGACAAACAUGGCGGCGUCCCUUAACCUGAAUACAGAUUUUCAAAAAUGAAGUAUUUCUGAGGUCCAACUUCCCAGUUCUGAUCUAACUCCAACACAUCAUGUGUGCACAGAAAGUGAAUGUUAAUAAUUAAUAUAAAGUUUAAAAUAAGUACCAAAUGAUAUUAAAUGACUGCUUCCAUCACGAGGAGGUGGUGUGUUUUAUAAUGUGUUGUGAUCUGUUUGUAUUUGAUUUGUUUGUACUUUCUUCCUCCUGCACACUUUAGCCGAGCCGGAAACUUUUUCAGGAGACUUCAGUGAUGGUGAGUGAAUCACAUACGACUCUCAUGGUCGUGCAGGUAAAGACGCUUAUAUACUGUAGAUACACUCUGUUAACUGCUGAUCAACAAAUGUUAAUAUACAUAAAAAUUUACUCAUUAAAUCUUUGGAGGGACCGACGAUUUAACUCAGCAGACAGGACAGUUCAUGUUAUUUCCUCUUGCACGCGGUGACAGGAAGCACAUCUGAUCUGAAGAUCCAUUUGUAAGUUAGUUAUCAGAAUGAACAGAGUGAUAUUUUUAGUAGAUAGCUUUGCUCAGUUCAACAAGCCCAGCUAGUUCCAUAACCGUAUACAUUAAAGUCUUUAGAGUACAAUAAUCAGAUUAGCAGUAAUUAGAAACCAUCAUCAUUACACCAGAUCCUUAUAAACAUAUAACAUCUGAUCGAAAAAUUAGGUGCAUCUAACAAACAAACAAAUAAAUAACUACUAACGAGCUAGGUGGCAGAGUUAUGUCAGAGUUCAUUGCAUUAUAUUGUCUGACUGUUUGUCUGUGCUUGUGCACAGGCUUUAAGAGCUUUUAGAUCAAGAUCUUUUUGUUCUUUUGUUCAGAAUACAUGUACAGUGUUAGUUUAUUCAUUUUAAGGUUGUUGACAUUAUAGACACUCAGCUGUCUAUUUCAGGGUUACAUUAAAAAUUAACUUGAUAUUAGCCUGAGGCAUCUGUCUGGUAUGAUGCCUUUAAAGGCUUUAAAGGCUUUAAAGGCUAUACAGUAUGCUGAGAUUAAUGUUUUCAUUAAUAACGUCCUGCUCCAACAAGAUGACCGCUGCUGCCAUGCUUCACUGAUGGCUGUUUUUUCAUUUUCAUUCAUUACUUUAUAAACCUGUGUGACUGAUUUCAAUCGUCAUUAAAUGUUCUUUUAAAGGA